AUGACAAUCCAAAACUUGCAUAUGAAAAGUGAAAUUAUUUUUUUAGAGAGUGAAAAAGUAGAAUUUUUUGAUACUCCGGAUAAUUUUUCUUUAAAAAUAUUGAUGAAAGAAGGGAAAGGAACCGGCCCGACCCAUUUUUUCCGCAUUUCGCUCGGUCCUGGUCCAAAUUACAAACCAAAUAAUGAAACACCCCAUAGUCCUGGCGGAGCCGCGGAGGCUGAGGUAAACAGACCUCCUAAAGCUCGACUAUAAUGGCGGAAACAAGACGGCUGAGAGGCCAUAAAGCGGCUGCCACGUGCUGUAUUGCUUCCCGGAGCCGCCCUGGCCUUAUUGCUACUGCGGCCGAGGAUGGCAAUGUUUGCUGGUUUGACAUGCGGUGCAAAGAUGCGAUUUUUACUAUGGAUGUUGCCAAUCAUAAUCCCAUUUCAUCCAUCUGUUUCAAGCCAGGCAAUGAAGAUAUAAUUUAUGCAUCGUCAGGAAAUGAAGUCAAGUGUUUCGAAGUGAAUAUGGGUAAUUCAUCAAAACAGCUGGAGAGCUACAAUUACAACAAGGAUGAAAUAAAUCAGAUUGAUUGCACUGUAAAUUCAUCAUUCCUUGCUGCUGCAGAUGAUAGUGGGGAUGUUAAGAUAGUUGAUAUCCGUCAGCAAUGCCUUUAUAAAACUCUAAGAUCUGGUCAUACAAGUAUUUGUAGCAGUGUUCAAUUUGUUCCUUGGAGACCUUGGCAAGUCGUAACUGGUGGCCUUGAUUCAAAGCUUGUGGUAUGGGACUAUUCAAAGGGACGACCUCAGAAGAUUGUGGACUUUGGCAUGCCCGAUGCAAGUAAUGAAGAGAAAACGGUCCAGUGUUUGAAUCCUGCGUUUGCCCAUGCGCUGGCACUUCCUGAAGUUGAUAUGGUGGAUAAAGUAGGGAAGAUUUGUUUGGCGGCUAGGGGUGAUGGCGUUGUUGAUAUUUUGAAUAUUGAUUCUGAUCUCAACUCUUCUUCUAAAUCAAAACGCUCUUCUAAUAAACCCAAGGACACUUCCCAAGGGCAAAACUGGAGACUGGAUCACACUCUGGGAGGGCACACUGCUGCAGUUUCCUGUGUGGCAUUUUCCGUAUUUGGAGGAGAGAAGGGAAAGUUCAUAAUUUCUGGUGGGAACGACAAGCAAGUGAGGGUAUGGGAUUGGACAAAACUUUUUACUGGUGAUGGAACAAACACCAGCAGCAACGAUCUUUUGAAUCUCCAAUUAAAUUUAAGAAGAAAAGUGAAUUGGCUCUGCACUGCACCUACUGACUCUGAUAAUCUGGUUGUGUGUGACACUUCCAAAGUGGUUAAGGUUUAUACCAUUGCCUGAAUGCAUGCAUUUCGAAUUGUGUUAUUCCAAAUACAAAUAUGGGCCCCACCAAACUGUGCGAAUACUAGAAAGGCAAGGAUGGAAGGCUGCAAUUGUUGUGAACACUCUAUAUGGCGCGCGCUUUGUCUUUUUACGGGAAAAAGUGCCUUGUUGCGGUCUAGCUUAUGCAAUUUCAAUUGCUCACAUACCGUGUAGUUAUGUUCGUUGACUCAUUCGCUUGGAACCGUUUGGUACAAACUAUGAUUGAAUUGUGUGUAAACUUGACUCAAUUACGUGUUGGUGGCUCUGAGGUUCGUUGUUGAAUCAAAAGAGGGUCGAACACAUGAAUUAGGCUUUAAAUUUAUGUUGGCGAUGUUCCUUGACACAAAAGAAUUGUGUUUGAUGUUGUAUUACUAUUAGUGUUAUGUUUUGGAAAUGAAAGGAACAUGGAUCGCCACACGUCUGUUUCACACUAUGUUGUACAAUGCCAGGUGAUCGGCGCACGUUAAUUAUUCGUCCUAAAAAAGAAUAUUUAUUUCG